GUCAAGCGGGAGCCGCGCGUCCCCGCCUCCGCCGCUCCCGCCGCCCCCGCCGCCCCCGCCGCCGAGCCCUGAGGCCCUUCCCCAGGCCGGGCCCAGCCGCCAUGACGAACGUGUACUCCUUGGAUGGGAUUCUGGUGUUUGGUUUGCUUUUUGUUUGCACCUGUGCCUACUUCAAGAAAGUACCUCGUCUCAAAACCUGGCUGUUAUCAGAGAAGAAAGGAGUUUGGGGUGUGUUUUACAAAGCUGCUGUGAUUGGAACCAGGCUGCACGCUGCAGUGGCAGUUGCCUGCGUUGUAAUGGCCUUCUACGUCUUGUUCAUAAAAUGAAUUUCAAAGUGUUCAGCUUACCAGCUGCCAGCCAAGGGGAUGGACGCGAAGAGCCUCGCAAAGGACCCAGUGUGGGAGAGUUAUGAAAAAAUCAGAGUCCCCAGGGUGCUACCACAGCAUCUGCCCCUGCCAGACCUGGGGGGAAUUCUCCAUGGUUACAAACAUGGCUUACGAUUCAGAGGAUUCCAGAAAGCCAACUUCCUUCGAUCUGUGUGUCAAUCAGUCCUCAGAGGCAAGAAUAUUGUCUAGAUAAAUUAUACCCCCUGGUAAUAUGUACUUCCUGCUUAAAAAUUUGUCACUCUACACUGGGGUUGUAGCUCAGUGGCAGAGCAUUGGCCAAGCAUGCUCCAGGCCCUGGGUUCGAUCCCGAGUGUUGCAAAAAAGAAAACGGAGGCUCAUUGCAGAAGGACAUAGGCUGUGUGCAGACUUCUUGGAAGGAGAGAUUAUUUUCAAGACUUGGCUUUUUCACCUGGUGACUGUUGACAAAUUCUCUUUUUGGUUUCGUGGCAUAAAGAGAAAAGAUGAAGCACUUUGCCAUGUGGUCAUAGAAUCUGAGUGUCCAUGAAAUUUGGGAGUUAUCUAUCUGGAAGGAGGGUAGAAAGCAGUGACUGAGAUAAGAAAACAUCUUCUGUUCAGCAGUAUCCCCAAGACCUUUACUCAAUCAAAUGGUAUAUAGAAAAAUGAAUCCUUUAUGUCCUAAAGCUUUUCUGUAUUUUCUAAAUUACUUAGUGCUAAAUACUAUAACUCAGUUUUAAAUGCAACCAUCAAAGGAAGAAGAAACUAUUGAAAAUAUAAUUAAUAUAUUUGCAGUUAUGGUAGAAAUGAGUUAGUAUAUCAGUUCAUAUACUAGUAUAUUCAUCUAGUAUAAGAAUUUAUUGUGAACAUAGAUGGAAGUUCUAAUGUUAUAAAAUAUACAAGUUUAUUCUUUAAGUCUGGGUUAUGGCAAUUUUGGGCUACUUGUUUCUCUUGGCCAACUCUAAUCACUGCAGUAUUUCUUUUCAUUGUUGGGAAAUUCUAUUUACUGGAAGAAUGUGAGAAACUCAAAUGAAAGAGGUUGCUGAUGUUUGUUGGCAUGUGAGAACACUUCACAGAAUCCAUAUUUUCUGAAGUAAAAAAGGAAAAUAGAGCUUUGUGAUUGGAAAUGAAGAAUUUUUCCAUGGCGUACCAUAACUCCUGACUGAAUGAAUCAUUUUAGAUGACUCUGAAAAAAGGGAAGACUUCAUUCCCUCCUCUUUCUGUCUGCAAUAGAGUCAACUGUUGGAUUUGUGACAUCCAGAACUUAUUUAAGGGGAAAAAAAACCAACAGUAAAUAUAGAGAGACAUAGAUAUUCCAGUUCAGUUGUCCGUUACAAUGAAGUUUAACUAUGGACAAGUUAGUGGCAAUUGGCCUUGUGUGGCAAUAAAUUACCUUCUGUCUUUAUUCCGAAAGAAUAAAAGCUGCUUUGAAGUUUAGGUUCAGAAAUGCAGAGUUGAAUGCAGAGUCGAGGGCUUCUAGACAUAUAGAAAGUCAUUAAGUACUUAAACACAACGUGUCUAAUCAUCUCUAGAGUUGGGACUGUUACCUCUUCAGGAAUUGGUCCACAGGGUAAAUUUCAAUGAUUCAUAUUUUUUCCAUGGUCAUUUCUGAGAAUCUUUUGCAUGAGAGAAAGGAAAUCUAGUGGAACAGGAAAGAAGAGUUACACCUUGUAAGUGUGAGUUCGGGACUUGCUUGCCAUUGGAAUCUCAGUCCCUGGAAACAGGUUCAGCAUGUUUUGCACUUGUUAUUUUGUAGCUUUAAUGACUUGUUUUCUAAUAGGGCUAAUGUCUGUAAGUUUACUGCUUAGAGCUGCUUCAUAUUUUAAACUAGUUUCACUCUACAGUUCUAGUUAAAACCUACUUUUGCAGCUUCCUAGGUGGGUCACCUUGUCCUCAGCUCUUGAGUUGUUAAAUGUUUUGAGAAGUUUUCAUACCAGAAUGUACCAAAAAGUGCACAAGGUUCAGGUAAUUUAUAGCGAGAAGCGGAUACGCAGCAGUUAAAUAGAAAUUUGCUUAACUCAUUACUUUGGUUGGUUUUUUGGCUGAAAAUAAUAAGUUUUUCCUCUGCAGGAGUGUUGUAGGGGUGGAGAUAUGAGGAUAGCAAUAUCGCCUCAAAUUCAAACUGGCAUUACCAUAAACCCCAUGUAUCAGGGUGUAAUGAAGUCAGCUCUUUUUUUAUAGCUGAAAUACAGGUUUUUUUAAUUCAUUGUCUGCACAAAUCCUUGAAAAUAAAAUCUUUUUCCCUACA